AUGACCUCACCAACAUCCGAAAUACGAAACCAACCCAAAACCUGGACAAAGGGAGAAUACCUAGUCUCAACCGACCCAUCCCUAAUCCCCAUCCAAACCCUAAACACCUGGUACGCGGGGGAAGAAUUCUACUGGGCAAAGCCAAUGCCCGAGCCAGCAUUGCGCGAAACUAUACAAAACUCCCUCUGUUUCGGGUUAUACCACAAUGCCAGGCAGUCAGCCAAGUCACCAGAUCACGACAUCUCAAGCUCCACGCUCGAAUUCGUCGGGUUCGCCCGCUGCGUAACAGACUACACAACAUUCCUCUUCUUGACAGACGUCUUUGUCCUGUCCUCGCUCCAGGGCCUGGGUCUGGGAACAUGGCUCGUAAGCUGCGUGCAGGAGGUUAUUGAGACGAUGCCUUAUCUACGGAGAUCGCUGCUGCUUACUGGGGAUUGGAAGCGAUCGGUGCCGUUUUAUGAGAAGGUUAUGGAUAUGGAGCUUAUGGUAUGUAAUCCUCCGGUUGGUGGGGAGGAUGCGGUUGGUUUUGCUGUUAUGCAGCGGAAGUCUUGGGGGGCUCCUGGGUUUGGGGAAGGGCCCUAG